AUGAAUGAACUUUUUUCAAACAGAUAAGUUGGAGGUGGAUUUACAAUAUUGAGAAAAUUGGAUAUUUUUGGAGUGCCGAUAUAAAUUAACUUUAACUAUGAAAAUAAGCACACCACCAAAUUUGGUGGGAUAGUUUCAUUGGCUGUUUUUAGUCUUAUUUUUGUUUUUUUAAUAAAUUUAUUGCUAUAAAUUUCUAACAAAAAUAAUCCUUAAGUAAUUUAAGAAUAGUUAGUCGUAGAUAGCCCUUCAAGAUUUGAUUUAAGUGAUUAAAAUUUUAAUUUCGCAAUCGGUCUUUUGGAUGAAAACUUUUCUCCGUUUUUCGAUGAAAGCUACUACAAAAUAAGAGGAAAUUUUUUAUUUAAAUAAAAUUAUACAUAUCCAAAUGGAACUGUUACUUAAGAAUUUUAAAGCUAAGAAAUUGAGUUGGUUAGAUGCACUGCUGAGUCCUUUAAAGUAGAUGGGACAUAAAAUUUUUUUUUAAGUCAAUAAUAUAAUAAUUUAUAUUGCAUCAAGGAUAUAAGUAAAUUUUAUUUGGUUGGGUAAUUUGAUUAACCUAACUUCUCAGUGAUAUAGUAUUUUAUUUCUUAAUGUAGUGGAAGUAACUGUUAAAAUUCAACUGAAAUCAAACGAAAGCUUUCUAUAAGCCAACUUUAGAUUUACUAUUCAAAUUAUGCAGUAAAGGUUUCAAAUUUAACUUAACCAUUUUAGCCAAUAGGAUAAAGUCUAUUUUGGUAAACUAACCUAUUGUUAGGAUAGGUGAUAGACAUAACUUAUAUGAAUACAUAUGUCACAGAUGAUUUAGGUCUUAUAUCUAAUUCGUAUGUAACAAAAACCAACUUACUUUAUUCAGAUAACAGAGUUAUAUUCAGUUCUUCGGCCAGCGACUAUAUUUACUCGAUAAGUAUCUAUAUGGAAAAAAAUCGUGAGCAAUAAUAUCGUCGCUCCUACCUUAAAUUUACCUAAGCGAUUUCAUAAGUAGGAGGUAUUUAUAACGUCCUCUUUUUAAUUGGAUGUUUAAUUGCUCAACCUUAUUCUUACCUUGAGCUACAGAGAAAGAUAGUUAAUUCAACUUUUAGCUUUUCUGGAGAUUAUUUGACAAAUAAUGGUAAUAAAAAUAAUAAAAGAAAAAAAUCAAAUAAAAAUAAGAAAAAAAAUUUAGAAGCAAUGCAAAGUAAUAUUGCAUGUGAUGGAAAAAGUAGCAAUAAAUCGACGAAUACUUAAUUAAAUAUCUAAAAUUUUUAAGAUGCUUUGAAGAAUAAAGAUUAUUUAUAGCCUGACAAAGAUUAAAAAGGAAAUAACACAAGCAGACCUGUUCUAGAUAAAACAAAAGACCAAGAAGAUCUAAAAUACGAUAUAAUUAGCUCAAUAUACAAUGAAUUCAAAAUUCGAUCAAUAGAAUAUUUUAAAUACUACUUAAAGUGUUUUAGUUGUUUUAAGAGUGAUAUAUAAACAAUAUUAAAUUUUGGGACAAACAAAAUAUAUGAAUUUACAGACAUAUGCUUCAUAGUAAAUAAACUAAUUGAGGUAGAAAAGCUUAAGCAUCUGCUUUUGAAUGAUUAGUAGCUCAAGUUAUUUGAAUAUGUCCCUAAACCUAAAAUUACAAAAUCGAUUAUUAGCGAUUACAAUUAAGCCAAAUAAAAUGAAAAAUAAUUAAAGAAAGCGAUUAAGUAAAAACAGAUAGUUUAAUUAGAUAUUUUUGAGAAUAAGCCUAUCUAAGUCCAAGAUCCACAAUAGUUAAAUAUUUUAACAAUAAUGAAUAAAAGCUAAUUAGACAAAGCUCGUGACGCUUAAUAAGCUUUCAAUUAUAUUUACAAACACUAAAAAAAGCUUACUAAAAUUGAUAAAAAAUUAAUUUUGCUUUUGGAUGAAAAGCACCUCCCUUUAUUCAACUCAAAUUCGUUAGAAAAUUCAAUUGUAGGAAAAUAUAACUCUUUAAUGUAAAUCAAUAUAAAUAGUUAAAAUUAAGAAUCGAUAGAAUCUCAAGCUAAAUAAAAUAAAAACUACGAAAACACGUUAGAUUAAUCAUAAAUUAGAAAAAGUCUUUAUUUUUUCGAACAAAAAAAUAAAAACAUAGAGGUCAUUGAAGAAACAUAGAAAGAAGAAUAAAAUAUCUAAAAUUCUGCUCCUCCAUUAAAGCAAGAAGAUAAUUUAGCUUCCUCUAUUGCCCUAGAAAAUAUUAGUAUGAGUUGCUAUUCUUAUGUAAAUAAUAUACCACAGUAAUUAUCAGUGUUAGCAGCAUCACCUGCAUUUAAUAUUAUUGAAGAUUUUAAUUUUAAGACAUCAAAUCCUUAAUAAUAUUAAGAAACUGAUAGAGAAUAAUGA